GCACUCCUCAUAUUUCUGCAUGGGCUAGGCGACAGCGCUCAGGCAUGGUCGGGCGUUUGCUUUCAGCUGGCGAUCAAGUAUCGGCACGUCAAGUUUGUUCUCCCAAAUGCCCCUAAGAUACCUGUGACGGUCAACAAGAAGGAAGUCAUGCCUGCAUGGUUUGACAUAAUCGGAAAGCCAUCGAGAUCAGACGAGCCUUGCGAUGGGAUCGAAGAGAGCAGGAGCAUCCUUCAGAAUAUGAUAGCGAAAGAGAUCGAGUCUGGUAUCCCAGCGAGGAGGAUCAUUCUUGGAGGCUUCUCGCAAGGUGGAGCACUCGCUCUGUACACGGCGAUGAAGGAGCAGCAGGGGCUAGGUGGAGCCAUGUCGCUCUCGGGCUACCUCCCCUCCUCCGAGCUCAGAGCCACGGAGCGAUCCAAGGACACCCCAAUUCUCAUGUGCCAUGGCGCUGCCGACCAGGUGGUACCCCUCAAGGAGGCUCUCCUUGCUCGCGAUAGGCUCAAGUCGUCGGGAUACUCGGUGAAUUAUCGCGAGUUCAAGAAUCUUCCGCACGAUUUCUCCAUGGAGGAGUACGAUGUGAUAAGCCGGUGGAUAGGAGAGAUCGUCCCGUGA